AUGUCCUCCGUGCAGGUUCUUUACCCUCCCAAGAUUCAUCACACCAUGCUUAACGCGGGAUGCCUCAAAGAGGAUCUCCCUGCAGGGAAGGUGGCCUUGGAGACGCGCUACCGCCUGGGAGCGUUGAUCGGGAGCGGCGGGUUUGGCACGGUCUACGCGGGGACGCGGCUCAGCGACUCCCUCCCGGUGGCUGUUAAACAUGUUGCCAAGGAUCGAAUCUUGCAGUUCCACCAUAUGAAUGGCACCCUCGUCCCUCUGGAAGUCCAUCUGCUGAAGAAAGUAUCGUCCCCAGGUUGCCGAGGUGUUGUCCGUCUUCUGGAUUGGUUUGAGCAGCCUGAGUCGUACUUCAUCGUUAUGGAGCGACCCCUUGUUUCUCAGGACCUGUUUGACGUUAUCACAGACCAGGGGCCCCUCCCAGAAAGUGUGGCUGCUGGUUACUUCCAGCAAGUGGUGGAGGCAGUGCACCAUUGCCAUCUGUGUGGUGUGUUGCAUCGAGACAUAAAAGAUGAAAACAUCUUGGUAGACCUUCUGCACGGUGACUUAAAGCUCAUAGACUUUGGCUCAGGUGCAUUGCUGCGGGAUACUCCAUACACAGAUUUUGAUGGCACGCGGGUAUACAGCCCCCCUGAGUGGAUAAAAUACCACCACUAUCAUGGUGUGCCUGCCACAGUGUGGUCCCUGGGUGUGCUGCUAUACGAUAUGGUAUGUGGGGACAUCCCUUUUGAACGUGAUGAGGAGAUCCUGCUUGGGAAACUCCACUAUCACUGUAGGAUAUCCUCAGAUUGCCGCCACUUGAUUGAAUGGUGCCUCUCGUUAACACCAGAGAAGCGACCUUCCUUGGAGCAGAUUCUGGCUCAUCCCUGGAUCCUCACCUUCUUGGAGCCAAGCGGGCGCAAAGUGCAGCAACCCACCACCCACAAAGGUGGUACUAGCCUCCGGACAGAAUAG